GGCUGCUAUUGCUAUGGAUAUAAACCGCGGAGGUCGUUUGUUAACGCGUCCUUCGUCCGAUGAGUGAGUUAAUUGCAUUGUUAAAACAAACUCGACGCUCACCAAUAAAAAAAAUUAAAAAAUCGCGCGAUGUCAUUAAAUUAAAAGGGAAUUUUAAUUUUGCAUUUCAAUUUAAUAAAUACUUAAAAAACGAAGAGUAAGUUAGAGUAAGCUCAGUAAGUUACUAAAGAAAAUUUAGAAAGGCCUUACCGGACGGUGCCAGGAAUUGGGCUUCUUACUAAUUUACUUCUUAAACUAAUAAUUAAAAUAGUAGUAGACCUACUAUAACUAAUUACAUUGUAAAAGUACAAAGACUAUCUCAAUAAAUUAUAUUGAUUGUCAUCCAUAAUGGUCUUCUAUUCACUAAUGACGAUGAUAUCCUAACAACAUGUACAUGCGGCACAUGUCUGGUAAUGCUAAUCCACUAAUACUAAUGAGGCUUAUACAAUAUUAAAAUUAUAUAUAUAAUAUAUACCCAACGCCCACGUAUACUAAAAACUUAAAUGUCUUAAUUUUAAUACUUUAUUUUGACUUGAUGGCAAUCUAAAUCUUAAUCUAGGCCGGUGACUGUUGAUUAUUUGGAUUGAAGUAUUUCAGUUUUUUAAAGCCUAGCUCGACAAUGAAAUGCUUAAUACUUUUUUUUAUAAUUAACAAUUGCAACUUAUCAAUUAGGCAGAACUGAAUAAUUAUCACCAACUUAAUUCAACGAAGACUAAGCAUUAAAUAAUAAGUAAUAUUAUAAUUAGUGAUGUAGGCAAUGUAGUGUCUGUAUUUUUGCCGUAGAAAUAGGUUCAUUAAAGCAUCACCUUUUAAACUUUUAUGUUUUUUUGGUCAUAAUACUAAAAAAAAAAAAUUGUAGCAGAGGGAGCAACUGAGGCUAGGAAUGUUUAGGUCAGAAUUGAGGGAGCAACUAUGUUAUAUAAUAAACAAACAGUAGAACAAAUUAGGCCUUAGCCAUUUGGCAAAUGAAUCAAAGUAAUUUAUAAUAAAGAUGGGGCAUGGGACCAUUACAUUUUUAGAGGUUCCUAUACUAUAAGUCUAAGCCUAAGAUGUAUGAUUUAUUUGAGGCUUUUGAAACAGCUAAACCUAUCUGGCAUCAUCAUAAAAUUGAAACUACUUUAGACUUUUGUGUUCGACAGUUCGACGUAAUCACCCCUUUGUUAGUUACUAAGUUAGUAUUACAAAGUUUUGACUAUUUAUUGCUUUUGCAUCUAAACUAAAUGCUACGUUACUUAUUAUCUUACUUACAGUUACUGAGUUAGUAACUGAGUUAUAUUACUUUAAACAUUACGAUUUAAAGAAGUGGGACUUGAAGUCAAAGCCAUUACUCGGAUUAAUAAUGUGAUGCGGCAUAUUCAUAUAAUUAAUAUUUAUAUCCUUUAUCUUUUUAAAAUGAAACAAAGAUUUUUAUUUUAUUUUCAGAGCUGGAUUUGAUUUGCGCUUUUUCAAGCGUUUUUGGAAGAUAUGCCGGUUGCUUUUCCCUUCUUUCUGGAGUUCAUCAGUUUGGCUGACAUUUUUCUUACUCUUGCUAAGUUUGUUGGGUAACUAUUUUAAUGUUUGAAAAUAGUAUAGGUGGGCUUCAAUGGCCUUCAUAAUUAACAGGCAUAUUUUACUGACUGGGUGCUGGUCAGGAUUGUAGUUUUUACAUAAUUAGCGCAUGCAUACUAAGUAAUUUUAGCAAUUAAGUUGCCAUGUUGUUUAUUUCUUUCUCAUUAGCUUAUUAUUAAAUAUUAGCUGGGGGCCUACAUAUUGCAAUCUCUACAGUUUUAGUUUUGAAGUAAUUGGCAUUAAUUAAUCAAUUCAAUAUUAUAAUACAAAAUAUUUAUGUAUUAAUAUUUUCAUCAUCACUUGUGUACUAAAAAGGCUGACUAAUGUAAUCAUUUCAUUUUCCAGAGCAGGUGGUUAUAUACUUUAUUGGACUGGUACCCAGCAAGUAUUACAAAAUCUUCUUGGACAGUGAUGAAGAUGCAUUUCGUAAACAUUUACUUUAUUCUGUUGGAUUAAUUCUUGCAGAAGCAUUUGUGAGUUUUUAUAGUUAUAAUUUUACUGCAUUAUCUACCUUAAUAUUUCACUUUAUUUGACUAUUAUUUUAUAGAUUUUAGACAGUUCAUAAAUAAAUAAAUAACAACAAUUUUUUACUUUGGCUUCCCUGGAUACAAAUGGGUUAAAUGAGGAAGAUUGUCACACUUUCACAGGUAAUUGAGAAAUUAGUAGCUACUUUUUUCAGAAUGGCAAAUUUUUAUUUUGUUUUAGGUAUUUUGUUAGUUAUAAUAGUUCAAUUUCUUGCAUAUAUUUACAUAUGUCUAAAAAUAGUUUGCUUUUUUUUUUAUUGUCACAAGUGGGAGUUUUUAACUUUUCUUACCUGAGAAUUAUAAUAUUUUCUAUUGAUUUCCCAGAUGAAAGUCUAGUUUGUUUUAGUAAUAUGCUUAUGUUUUACUAUAUUCAAUAAUUUUGUUUACUGCUUUACAGAUUUUAAGUACCAAGUCGUAUGUUGGAUCCCUACUAUACAUCACAUGGCGUGGAAGUGUAUGUUCAGCUUUACACAAGGAAUACUUCAAAGAUAUUCUUUACUACAAACUCAAUGUUGUGGAAAAAACCAUUGACAACCCGUAUGUUUAUCAUUUUUUCAAGGAUUUAUUACUUUAAAGAACUGAAGGAAUUUUUUUGGGGGUAACAUCUUUAUCACUUCCUACUCUUAAAAAAAAAAAAGAGAGAGAACUCUGUAAAAUUUGAAAUUCAGAAGAAAAAUGAUCUCACUUUAAGUUUCAUUUCAUCUGCUUUAUAAUAAAUAUUUGAUUUAAGAACUGGGAAUAAGUCUAAAUACUUGGGAAUUGAUGCAUUUUAUUGAUUCUUACAUAGGGGUAAGUGAAGAAAACAUAUAGGGUGAUGGGUUCAUAUUUAUUUAAUAACAUAUUGACAUAUGCCUCUGACAUGAACCAUGAUAAAUGGCAUGCACUAAGUAACACAUGAUGAAAAUGACAAUUUAACUCUAUUCGCUUGGGACAUUCACAAGUCUUCAUCCUGGUAUAUGGCUUGGGAGGUUGAUGAAGAAUAUGUGAGCUGUAUAUUUCUCUUUAAUACAUAAUAAUUAUUUUAAAUUACUUUAUGCAGCACGUUCUUAAAUUCAAAGGUAGUCAUUUUUUAAUGUACAGCUAUUAAAAAUAAUACAAUACUGUGUAUCUGUUUCUAAAAUUUGCUUCCUCCAGAGACCAGAGAAUAACUCAAGAUGUGGAUCGCAUGUGUAGUACAUUUAGCCUGAUUCUUGUUCCCAUUAUCAUUACACCUUUCACAACUGGAUAUUAUUUCUAUCAGUGCUGGAAUGUGUGAGUUAUUGACUAAGACCAGACAGAUUAAAGUAAUGUGCUUUUUUUCUUAUUUUUAAAAGAACAUUUAAUAGUAAAAAUAUAAAACAGCGAUUGCUCUAUGUUAAAUGCAAAAAAAUAUGUAGUCGCACCUGAAAAAAUUAUCACUAUUAAAAUAUUCAAGUAAUGAAGCAUUUUUAACUUAAAUGUAAAACUGUUUUCAUUAUAUCAGUUUCAUGUCCAGAACCCUGGAUAAAACUAUAUGUAAAUAAUAAAUGCUAAUUAUAUGGUUUUCAUUAAUCCUACUGUUAAAUCAGCUGGUUGUAUUAAUGACAUGUAACAUUUUUAUUUUACACAGCACCAGUUACCUUGGGCCAGUUAGUGCUUUGUUGUUCUUUGUUGUUUUUACUAUCAUCAACAAAAUCCUUAUGUCUCCUGUUGUAAAAUAUUUUUAUUUGCAACAGAAAAGAGAAGGAGACUUCAGGUUGGUCAUUUAAAUAAAACUCUUUUACCAUUUAACACUAUUUAUUUUCUUACAGCUGUUAAAAAUUUGGUCUCCACUGUUUCAUUACUUUUAAAUAAAACUCUGUGACAUGCCAAGUUGCCAUGCAUUAACAUAAGUAACAGGGCUGAUACAAUAGAAGUAGAUAGAGUCACCAUACAUGAAUCUGUGGGUAACCAUCAUUCUCUCUCUAUUAAAAAAAAUCGGGCAAGGGAGAUAAUGCAUCAAAGCCAUUUUCCAUUUUCAUGUAAAAAUUUUAAGGAGUUGUGGACAUUUGUUUUAUACCUUAGUUCUCAGCAGUUUAAAAUGUGAACAUAUAUAUUUUUACAGAUUUCAUCAUAUGCAAAUUAGAACUAAUUCUGAGUCAGCAGCAUUCUACAGAGCUGGAGAGGUUGAGAAACUAAAAGCUAAUCAGAAAUUGAGAAAUUUGCUCAAAGCACAAGGACGGCUUAUACGUUGGGAGUAUGCUCUUAAUUGUAAGAAAACAUGUAACAAAUACAUUUUAACACACUUUUAUAAACACCUCCUUUUAUUUCCUGUCCUCUGAACUGCUAAUCUAGUGUUGACAGAUAACAUUUGCCAUGAUUGAACUGCUUGCAAUUAAAUGCACUGAAAGCAGAGCCAUCAGAUGACUUUUGGAGGCCGCCUGCAUUCAAAGGUGAUAGUUUGAAAUGUUUUUUCUGAGAUCACAAAUGUGGGCUCUUUAAAUAUCUGAGGCCCCCUGAAUCCGUCGGAGUUGCAGGGCAUACAUGAAGGCUUUGAUUGAAAUAGUAGUUUGAAUGAAAAAUAGAGCAAUUUUUUCUUCACGUUCCUUUUUCUAAUGUUAAAAUAACUUUUUUCCAUUACAGUUAUUGAAAUCUUUUAAAAUGCGAAAGAAAUAACUUUGUCUGUCGAAUUAAAAGUUUCAAGGAUCCUAGAGUAAUGUGGAUGUUUGUUUAAAUAUUGCUUCAAUUACAUUGGAACAUACUGAUAAAAAGUCAUGUCAACUAGCAGAGUAGCAAGGGGGGUGCAGACCGCACCGGGUGACACCAUCUCAGGGGGUGGCACCAAAUUAAAAAAAUUCAUAUGUACAAAGCAUACGCUACUAACAGAAUUUCAUAAAAUAAUAACUGAUCACACAUAAAGUGUCCACAUAUAUAACCAAUCCAAAUGCAUGAUUUAUUAAAAGUUCAAGUUUGAUGCGUCAGAAAUGAGGUGACCCUAUACUUGUGUCAGAUAAACACCAUUUUUACCAUGAUUUUAAGCCGAAUGAAGUGUUCAGUAACUUUUGUAACUGACGCUCUUUUGCCGAAAAUGUUUCAUUUAUUAUAUUUUUAUGUACUCUUGAGAGAAUAUUUUCCUUCUUUGCUGCAUAGACUCAUUGAUGACAUGUUUAAAUUGAACACUCACAAAAGAGUGUCAACAACACGUUGGAGUGCUCAUUGUGCUGCUGUUAAAACAGUGAAAGAUAAGUUUGAUGAAUGUGUGGCGAUGAUUGAAGCUCUGUAUAAUCUACUUGAAACUUGGAAACAAGAGGUACAGCACAAGGUCUAUUACAUGCUGUCUGUGAUUUCACGUUUAUCUUCUACCUUUACCUUUGGGCUGAUCUACCUGAGGAAGUUAAUCUUACACAGCAGUAUCUGCAGACUAAAGGUUUUACUCUUGACAAGGAGGUGAUAAACUUAGACACCUUAAGACUUGGUGUGACAUGCUGUUGAAAAGGCACUUUAAAAAUCAUAUCAAUAUGGAAUUUGGGUAGAGAGAAGAUUAAGGUUUAAGAAGAGAAUGGCUGGAGAGCAAUUAAUAGAUGCUUAACUCUCUCUGCUAGAAGAAAACAGUGAGGAGAUGCUGCAGUGUAUUGAUUGCUUUCAUUCUAAGCUCCAGAUCAGAACAUCAGGGAUCAAGGAAUCCAAGAGUCUACUUUCAGCAAGUAAAGAAGAGUUACAUGUCUCAGUUUCAAAAUUAACCUCUUUCUAUGAUGAGUUAUCAGAAGAUGAACUUAUGAAGGAAAUACCAAGGCUUAGAAGAUACCAUUGAAUUUCAAAAAGUCAUGGACUGGUCAGUAUUUGAGGUUUUAAAAUUCAUAGCUGAAUGGGACUUCCUAGAAUCUCUUCCAAAACUGUCACUAAGCCUCUAAUUGCUUUUACCAUCUGUGUACCUCUGGCUUCAUGUGAGUGGAGCUUUUCAAAACUAAAGCUUAUCAAGAACUAUUUUUGAUCCACCAUGGUAGUCAAGGCUUUCUGAUCUAGCUCUAUUAUCAAUUGAAAGUGAUACUCUGAAGGGUAUUGAUUUUGAUCACAUGAUUGACAGAUUUGCAUAUUUGAAUACCAGGAAAGGACAAUUUCAUAAAAAUUAAAUUUAAUGUAAAAAUAACUUUAACUUAACGUUGUUACAGUUUUAAAUACAUUUACAUCCUGAAUUCUAUUAAUUUUUUUUUCUUGUCAUUGUUAUAUUGUGGACUUAUUUUAACAACAAAAGAAAUCCAUUGUGGCAGUUGGGGUGAGGGGAGGGGGGACACCUUGAGUUUACAGCACCGGGUGACACCAACCCGAGCUACGCCACUGAUGUCAAGACUAUAAAGGGUGUAAAAAUAUUUUAAAAUUUUUAUCUCAUUCAUCAGGGUGGUUUCUUUAUAAAAAAAUUUAUUAUUCUAAAAAGUUUUAUAGAAUAUUCACCACUGGUUUUAGUUUUAUUAUUUGCUUACAUCUAUUAUAUUCUAAAUUUAUUAAGGUCCUAUUAAGUUUUGAAUUUCAUUCUUGCAGGGAAAAUAAGCUUUAUAUCAGUGCUGGUAUUUUAUUUUUUUUAACUCUGGAAGGGCCUUUAAAAUUUUUUACAGGACAGAUCAUAUAACAUUCACUUGUGUAUUUAUUCUUAAAUGUAAUUAUUUGUUUAAAACAUUCAAUUUCCACAGAUUUCAUAAAUACGGCUGAUUACUUAGGCAGCAUCUUGAGCUACAUAGCAAUUUCUUUUCCAAUUUUUUCUGGUAAAUAUAAAAAUCUGGAACCAUCAGAUCUCUCAGCACUUAUCAGCCAGGUAUGGAAUCAAUGUAGGCUAAUAGUUGUGGUCUUUUUUAAGUCCGUUAAUAUAAGAUAUUAAUGACCAUAAAAUGUACAACGUUCCUUGAAUUUUUGUCAUCUGUCACUUAUUUAAAGUUUUCUAAUAAUUUAAUUUUUUUUUCCCCAGAAUGGAUUUUACUCGAUAUAUCUAAUCAACUGUUUCACCAAACUAAUCGACCAAUCAAUACAAGUGACUGAUGUGGCUGGUGCAGCUCACAGGUGACUUAAUUGAUGUGACUCAAAAACAUAAAAGUUAAUUCUGUCCCAUUAAGCUAUUCAGAAAAAAAUUUUUGAAAGAAUACGUCUAGAAAUUCUUGGACAACAGAAGAUCAUCAAUCAUAUUGAGCAUUAUUGUUUUUGGACCUGUUUUAAAUUUCAGGAUUGGCCAGUUGUUUGAAGAACUUGGACGUCUUAAAGAUGAGCAGAGCGAAGAACACCAUUACAUGCACAGGUCAAUAAAUAGGUUGGAAAUUUUUUUAUUGCAUUAUGGGUGACAUUGACAAAGGUGGAGAGAAUUGUUGUUAUUAAUUCAUUAAAAAUAUACAUCAGCAAAUUUCAUUGAUUGAAUGAAGCAUUUUUCUAUCAUCUUAUUAUAAACAGACGCUGAUAUAAUACAGAAGUAAAAAUUACAACCAUCAUUGCUGGAAUUUUUUAAAGUUUAUUUAUCCUUUUCCAGUCUCAGAAAUAAUGGUGUUGAUGUUAACCCCUUGUCGCCCAAUGGAACAACAGCUUUUACAGUCAAUGAUUUGACUUAUGGGCUUCCAAAAUCUUGUAAAGUCUUGUGUAAAAGUAAGUCUUGUCAUGAAAUGUAUGUUAAUUGUUUAAAUUCCAUAAUUUGUUUUUUUUAAAAUACUUACUAAUUACGUUUCUUCAAUUAAAAAAAAUUCUAACCUGUUUUUUUUUUAGAUCUGACAUUCCAGCUGUCGAGUGGGGUUAAUGUUUUGGUGACUGGAGACAGUGGUUGUGGGAAAACUUCUCUACUUCGUGUACUAAGUGGGUUAUGGAAAUCUUCUUCAGGUAAAGUUUUGAAAAUACAUUUUUUCAAACAGUACAAAUAUUUUAUAAAUGAAGGACUGCAUUUAAGCUGUGUGAAGGAAAUAGUAGAACAAGGUAUGUGGACGCUUGAAUUAAGAAACAGGACUAUAAGACAAGAAUGGUUGGGAUAAGUGCCUUCCUCAGCAGACAGGACAGAUGAAAGUAGGACAAGAAAUAGAAGCACGUUAAAACGUUAAAAGCUUAAGUGACCGCAUUUGUUAUUGCUGGAAUAAUAAAUUUCCAUCAAACUUUUUUGAAUGAAUUCUUUAAACUAAUUAAUAUUGAAGCAUCUUAUGCAAUCUAGUUAUAAAAGGAUGAGUUUUGGAGACCUUCUUAAUCUGUAACAAAAGAAAUAUCUUUUAUUAUUUUAAAAUGCUUUUAAUACAAUAAUAUUUGUUAAUCUAUGAAGAUUUUAGCCUUGACUGUUUUGAUAUUUUUAAAAAUCUUAUUUGGUAAUGAGAGUGUUGACAGCCAAUUUUGAUCAAUAUGCAUCAAAAUUGGGGCAUUUGAACUUUCUAACACCACCUCUCUCUCUCUCUCUUUAAUUAGGCGAUAUACCAUUUCACAUUUUUUUACCUUUUGAGAUCAUCAAAUCUUUUACUUGAAUUUGAAACUCUGGGAAUUUUGUGAAAUAAUAAAAAAAAUUAAUGCCCGAAUAAAUAAGCAUAAAUAUAAAUCUUUGAAAAUAUGGAAAUGGCUUAUGUAGUUUUGAUUUAUUGAUUUACUGGAGUAUAUGAAAUUUGACAGAAUGUAUGCAAAUUUAGCUUUCAUUUUUGUUAAAAAAAAUUAUCUUUUCUUUUUUAAAAUAAUUAUGUGUUUAGGUGAUAUGUCCAUUAACGUCCGCCUGGGUCCAUUAGGCAUGUUGUACCUGCCUCAGAAGCCAUAUUUCACCGAUGGAACACUACGAGAGCAGGCAUGAUUUCUUAAUAAAAUAAAACUUAAUUUAAAAAAAACACAAAACAAUUUUCUGUUGUACUCUUUAAGACCAUUUUUAUAAGUGAAAAGAAUGAUUAUUUAGUAUGAAGAUUUGUCUGAUGAUUGCCAUUUUUUUAAACCAACAGAUUACUUACCCAUUACAAGUCUCUGAAACUGUGCCAGGUAAAACAUACAUAACUUCUCAUUAUAUUUCAAUAAAAUUAACCAUAAAAUUGAAGAAUUAGAAAACUUUAAAAAAACAACAACAUUUUUUUAAAGAAAUACUAGUUAAAGGUGCCAACGAGUGCACAAUUUACUUGCAAUAAAAUUUCAUUAGCAUCUCAGUGUUAUCAAAUGCUACAUAUUUUCAUUAAAAUCCAGCAUUACAUGGCUGUUUAUAUCAUUCUUCUUUUGAUGCCAUCCCUCAGAGGAUAACAAGGUUCAUCAGUAUCUCAAACUAGUUGACUUGACUGGUUUGUUAGAGAGACUCGGUGGGCUGGAUGUUGAAACAGACUGGAACUGGUUAGUUACUAAGUUAACAGAUAUUAGCCAGUUCACUCUGCCAUUAUUUGUGUGUACCUGUGAAGAUCUUUCCAACACAUUUCACAAUUCCUUAAUAUCCAGAUAUUUAUAAAUCUUGUGUAAUUUUUCUAUGGGAUUGAUUGUUAUCUGUCCAUUACAAUAAAUAACAGGCGUGAAGCCACUUGUUGAGAAAACCUGCAUAAAAAGUUGUCUGAAACAACAGUGAAAAGCAGAGAAGGACAUUGUCAAGCUGAAUAGAACAAUUCUUAUACCUUUAAAUCAUCAGCGCUUGGCUUUAUAAUUUUAAAAAAAAAAUCUAUAUGGUAUAAGGUUGCCUGAUAAAUUAGCUAGGUUCAACCUGGCUACUUUUUUCUAACAAUUUCAAUCGCUGAAAUCAAAACAAACAUUUUUUGAAAAGUUGCUUUAAACUAAAUAAAUUUACGGAUAAUUUAUAUUUACUCGCAUCAUAAUGGAACUGAGCCAUAAAAAUUUGCUCUUUGUUUGAACGCAAAAUUUUUAAUCAAAUUUGAUUCUUAAGAUAAAAAGUUUAGAUGUUAAAUUUCUUUGUAUUAAUAUUUUUAGGUAUGAUGAAAUGUCUCCAGGUGAAAUGCAGAGACUUUCCUUUGUUCGACUUUUCUUUCAUCGACCACCAUUUGCAAGUAAGUCUUUUUUUUAAGCUGUCACACCGCCUAUGGUAUUCAAUGAUUUUGAACAAGCUUGUGGUCUUGGGGAAUUUGAUAAGGGGGAUAACACAGGUAGAUUUUAGACACACUGCUGGCUAAAAUGAAGCCAAUCAAGUGCUCUAUAUAAAUGUACUUUAUUACAUGGAAUGAAAAUAUGAAUAAAGAUACAGAAAAUUAGACAUAUAAAGAAAUGAAUAAAGAUCUAACACUAAAUAUCUAUUUGGAAAUAUCAAAAUCUCACAGUAAUAUAAUGAGUACCAACACAAGUCUAGGUUCCUGGAACACAUGAAAUUGAUUAAGUACUUGACUUUGAUUAUUUUUGCUGCUUAGUGUUGAAGGGAAGACAACCAGUAUUUAUACAGAUUCAUUUCGCGUGGCUUAAAUGUAGGCCCACUGGUCUCUCUGGACGCUGGUCUGGAACUUAAUUUAUUUAACAACUUGUCACUCUUAUUGGAAUGUGGUUUGCUGACAAGGCCAGGUCAGAGGAGUAAAGAAACAAAAUUCCACUACUAUGUAACAAAGCAUAUUUUGAUAGAGCUGGAUAUGUCACAUUGGGAAAUGGCAUUGGUGGGCCGUCGAGCGCGAGCUCUUAAUGCCACCCCUCUGUCACACCUCCACACGGAAGGACCGCGCUGGGGCAUGCCUGGAACCUCCCCCGUGGCCUGGGGGACAUCUUGUUGUCCGAAAAUGAUGUGUUUAAAACAUUCGCAGCCGACUCUCCCGAGGGUUGAGCAGGUUUGCUUCCAUUCUGGGGGAAUGGUGUGGUGUUACCACCCCUCACUGCCCAGGGAGUCUUUCAGUCGGGACGAAACCGUUGCCUAGGAACAGCUUUCUCAUGGCUGCGUAGCUAGAAUCAUCAGCAUGGGUUUUAGCCCCCACCCAAGCCUCAUAUCCAUUAACGGCAACCAGUAAUCAUGUUACGAUGUUACUACUUCUUGCACUGGGAGUCAUGAAGUUGGCCAGGGUUUUUUGCUUCGGAAGAAUAGUACCGCCCUACUAUCUGCCACGCCACAAAGAGGCAAAUCCUGUGUGAACGCCCCCAAGUUUCCUCUGGGACGCUUCCGCUUGCGCAAGACAGAGCUGGAUACAGAUGAUGAUAUCUAUACAUAUAUAUAUAUUAUAAAUAUAUAUAUAUAUAUAUGAUAUAUAUAUAUAUAUAUAUAUAUAUAUAUAUAUAGAUAGAUAGAUAUGAUAUAAAUAUUUAUAUGAAAGUAAGCUUGUUGAAAAGACUACAUUUCAAACACACUGACUGAACAUUGAAAUCAAUGUGUUUUCUCUCAUUAGUUCUAGAUGAAGCUACCAGCCAGGUGAGCCAAGAUAUGGAGGCACUGUUGUACAGAACCUGUUCAGAACUUGGUAUCACCUUCAUGAGCAUUGGCCACAGGUCAACCGUUAGGCCGUACCAUGAUAUGGAACUCAGACUGGAAGGCAAUGGGUCAUGGUCACUUAGCCCACUGCAAGUGAGCUCAAUCAAUAGGUAACAUUAUUGUGUGCCUUUUAGAUAUUUUCAAUGGAAGUGAAAGUUUAAUAGACUAUUACAUUGGAAUAAUAGAUUUCCGUCAUACUUCUUUGAAUGAAUUCUUUGAACUUAAAUCACAAUAUAUGAUUUGGAAGAGGAAUUUAAUUGUUCAUGGAUGUGAUUGUUUGUAAAAUUGUAUGAUGAGUCACCAAGAAAAUGGAUUUAAAUCCUUACCAGAACAUAGAACUGUUGGCAUAUUGCCUAUAUGACGGAUCAUUUGCAAUAACUUUGUUGGGUAUAACAGGUUUAUAGCAUUGUCUUAUCUAUUAAAAAGAAAUCAUGGACAAAAUCUCAAGACAGUGGAAUAGAACUAAUUUUCCUGCUUAUUUUGCUGCAUGACUAAUAAGAUAAAUAUAAGUGUUUACUUAAUUAAAGCAAGUAAAUAUAAAAAAAACUUUGAUUGCUGGUGAGGCUGUAUUUUUUUUAAGACUUACGAGAAUUUCACACGUAAGGGAGCAUGUAGUAGGUGACAAAAUGAAUACUCAAUUUUUAAUGAUGAUGUUGACAACUUUUAUACUCUUUUGUUUUAAAAAAAUGAAAUUUGAUGAUGUAUUUUUUACACUAGUUAAAUCUGAAAUUAUAUCUUUUGUUUUAGAAUGUUGUUUUUGAUAUCAUUUAUAUGAUAUUUAAAUGAUUAAUUUUUUGUGUGGAAUAGGUAAAUUGCAUAUCAGUAAAUCUUGGCACCGAUUACAAUUUGGCAGCUCAAUCUGAUCAUGAUAAAUAAAAGCUCAGAAUAAAGAACACAUCAGAUGCUGAAUGCUAGAUAUGAGUUCAGGGUUUGUUUUUACAAUAUCCUACAGAAAAUAUUAUCAGAUUUUAUUCUUCUUACUUUGUGGGUGUUGAUACAUCUCUUACAUAAUUUUAUCUCUGAGAUAUAGUCAUAGAGCUGCUUAUAUUUCUGCAGUACUUUUUUUUUUGUUUCAAAAGUUUAUGAUGGGGAUUUAAUCUUUCAGAAAUAUUUUUGGUCAGUGAGGUGUUGCAGAUAACUGAAAGUGAAAGUCAAACUAUUUUCAGUUUAAAAAAUGGUCUGUCGGCAGGCUUAACCAUGUUCACUAUGAACUAAAAUUGGAAAUACCAUAUAGUAUUCAUCUGUUGAAAAAUACUUGUUUCAAAGACAUUUUUAGCACUUAGUUGAAUGCCCAUAGAUUAUCUAGAAAGUUGAAUUUAUGAACUGUUGAAUGAUUUAUGGUAGAUGCAUUUUGAAUUAAUGUAAAAGUUUGAAACGUUUAAUUCAAUAAGCCAGAUUUUUUUAUAAGGUGAUUGGAUUGAGAACUCAGGGUCAACAUUUGCAUACUGCUGCCAUUGUCAAAUAUACACACAUGAAUAUGUAUUAACUUGUUUAAGUAGUAUGUCAUUUGAAAGAGAAGGAUAACUGAAGUGACCAAGGAACAAUAGUAAAAUAAAUUUAAUUUUGUGCCAUUUAGGGGAGUUAAUUUCAAACUACGUCUUUAGUUUUUCAAGGGAACAAUUGUUCAGAAAAUUACCCCAUUUUGCUGUGUUAAAGAUUUUUUAUAUAUCCUUGCGAGUUUUUUCAAUGACAUUCCCAUAUAGCGUAAACUUUGACUUGUGUUACAAUUUAGGGAUUGUACUAGACAAAUAAAAAUAUUUUAAUGUACGUGAAAUUAAAAAAUAUUUUAAUGUACGUGAGAUAAAAUAAAAGGUAUACAGUUGUUCUCUACUGAAUAAUGUAUACAAAUAAUUAAUGCAUUGUAAGGUUGUAUUAAACUUUUUUGUGCUUUGAGCUCAAUUUUAUAAAUGCUUGUAUAACCAUUUAAGUGUUAUCUUUUCUCUGGGUUAGAUAUAAUGUGGAUUAAGCUGUGGUAAAAAAUUUUAAGUGGUAUUAAUUGCACAUAAGAAAUAACAAAAAUUGGUAAGUUUAUCUUUAAAGAUACAAGUAUAGAAGCAGUUCUCGAUUUAUAAAUAAGUUCCCUUUCUGGAGGUGGCUCGUUAUAAAUUGUGUUCAUUAUGUGUCAAACCACCUACACAAUCAUUAGUUGCCUAAAGAAUGAAAUCCUGCCUAUUAGAUUAAAUAUUGAAUUUGUAAAUUUUAUUUCAACCACAAAUGUAAAAUAAAAUUGAAAAGAUGCAGAGAGAAAACUAGAUACAUUAGUAAAUGGUUGUUUUAAUUAAAAAACAUAAACAAAGUUAUAUAAUACAUGAAUAAAAUCUUUUAACUGUGAUGUUGUCAUAGCAAAUGUUAAACAAUCGAGAACUGUCUGUAGAGAAGGAGGUAAAGAAAAAAACUUUAAGUCUUUAUAUCAUAAAUAUAUAUAAAUAUAAUUUAGUUAAGAUAACUAUGUCUAUACUAAAUUAUUGACUUGUUUUUGUUGUUAAGCUUUUAUAGGGAUGGAUAUACUUUUGCUUUAUUAAAAAAUAUUAAAUAGCAUUUCAUGUUUACAAAGUGUUGAUACUUGCCAAUAGUUUAUUUUUGUCAAAUUUUUAAGUUUGAAGAUAUUUCUCAACUUCUAAAGCUGUUUACUGAGCAUUGCAUUUUCUACUUUUUUAUAAUCUAUACUUACUCCAGCUUUGAAAAUAACAUCUCCUGAAGUGAACAUGGUAUAUAUAAUAUAUGACAGAAUAGAAUUACAACUUUUCCCUCUCUAACUACAACUCGUUUAUUAUCAUCAUUUACACAUCCUGGAGUUUACAUGUUGGUGUAAUGGCUAUUACGAUUUGUUUAUUAACGAUUUGCUCUAGCCAAAAUGUGUUCCAAUGUCGCCAGACUAAAGUUUUUUGCCGAGUAUUUAGGGCACAACUUUGUUCCUAUAAGUUAUAAGUUGGUUGAUGUGUUUCAGAUAAAAAGAAAGGAAUGAGUUUGAGAUGGAAGAAAAUUUACUUUUUAUAAUUUUAUUUAAAAAAAUUGUUAUAAGAAUUUAUCAAUAAACAAAGUGUGUUCACCUGCAU